AUGUCCCACUCCAGGCUGCUGCUGCUCCUCGUCCUGCUGGGAGCCGCGGGCAGCGGCCGCGCCCUGGGCCUGUCGGGCGCCGCCUCCAUCCUGAGCUGCGUGCAGGCCGCGCUGUGGGACGCGCGGGGGGACAGGGCCGUGCCGGACAAGCGAGGCUCCGAGUCGCCGUCCCCGGAGGAGGCGCCGCGGGAGGACGAGCUGGGCAAAAGGACGUUCCCAGGAGACGGCCACGACAAAGGCGCGGCCCAAGGGAAGGGCAAGGGCCACCAGGAGCGGGCCAAGAGCGACCGGCGCACCAAGGUCACGCUGUCCCUCGACGUCCCCACCAACAUCAUGAACAUCCUCUUCAACAUCGCCAAGGCCAAGAACUUGCGGGCCAAGGCGGCGGCCAACGCCCACCUCAUGGCCCAGAUCGGGCGCAGGAAGUGA